UGUCAACCAAUUGUGAAACAAGAGUGUUACUGACGACAUUUUAAAGACACAAAAAGGUUUUUGCAGUACCGCCUUGUUUUAAAUUUCUGAGCAGAAAAAUACAGUUGCAAGCUCUACUUGGUUGCAACAUGAGCUUAAUAAAAUAUUUCUCUAAUUCCACACGACCAAAUUUAAAUACAUGUCAAAGACUUCUCAUGUUGGUUCAUCAUGCUGGGAAUGACGGCAUUCCUGCUAUGUCAUGCCUCCAGAGGCAGAUGCGUUACGUAACGGAAAGCUGGUCAACAGCUUGCUUCCUCUAGGUGUGUGAUAAAUAAUUUGUCCAGCUAAGCACGACCUGGGACCACCGGGAGGCCUUCCUGCCUCUCCUUUACGUGUCUUGUUUUCCUUCUUGAGCGAGACAAUUUUUCAUCGCAUCCAGAGAAUUCCCAUCAGAAUUUUUCUGUAGGAGUUACGAAUGUAUGUUUUACUGAAUGCAUGUUUUACUCUGCGCGGAGUGCAGCACGGUAUAACGGUUUUCCUGACAGUUAUUUUUCUAGCUAGGUAACUUUUACUAGUAUGGGCCUCGAUUUUUUAUUAAAUUAAUAAUUGCGCAUAAAUAGCCUAGAAAAUGACUUUAGAAAAGGUUGAAUGCACAAGCAGCAAACAACCAGCAGAAUAUAGUAUUAUUCGGUGUGCAACAGCUAUGUUGAGAUGCCUCGGCAUAACCACCAAUAUUUCAAAGCGUUUUUAUGUCCAUCAUCUGGUACGCGCCAUCCUGCUGGCGUGCUCACUGACAAUCAGCGGGUUCUUCCUGGGUGGAUUGGUUAUGAAAUUUCUUCGCAUUGAUGGGCGUGUUCCUCUCGCAGAUAUCAUCGUAUACCUCACCGGUAUUAUUCAGCCACUACGCUCCCCGAUUUUGAUAGUGGCAUUCUGCUUUACCGAAAAGCAUUUAUCUGGAAUAGUUGCUGCUUUUAAACGGGUACUACUGUUCCCUUUAUAUCACGGUACGAACACGGCUGAGCUGGCUAAAAACGGCGCGCAUAAUGCUUUAACGAUUCUGGUCGUCGUGAUUGCUGUGUAUUAUAUAUGGAAUUUGAGCACGUGGGUCACUUCGGAAACAGCAGUUAUAAAUUUACGACACUAGUUACCACAGUCAGUCCCACUAUGCAGUCAUUCGGAAUUUCAUUGGCUUUGUGGAAAUUUUAUUUAAUUUGGUGUAUCCUGGCACUGCCGUCGUUUGUUUAUGUGACAAUCAUUCAAGCUUUAGUUUUUCUCUGUGGAUACGUUUUGCGAUCAGGGCAAAGCAAGUUUCUGGAACAGCUACGAAAGGUCAGCGUUGGGGACGGCCGACAAGAAGUUAUGAAAAAACUGCAAGUUCUUCUGGAUUUUCACAAGGUGUUGUUUGAUUUGGCUGAAAUCAUCAGUCAUGCGUUUGGUUGGAUUGCCGGUAUUGCGUACUACGUGGAUGCAGUAGCUGUGCUAACGUAUACCGCGACUACGAAUAUCUUGUCGGGCAACCCACUUUGGAUCGAAUUUUUUGGAAUGGCUUAUUUUUUUACGACAAUGGUAACGUUUCCUUUUCCGUUCUUGGAGAUCGAUCAGACAGAUUGCAUUAGCGAGACUGAAUUAUGUAUGCUCUCCCGAGAAGCGCCACCACUGUGCUCUUGGCCGGAGGGAUUCGACCUGAAAUUACUGUUGGAUGCCAUGCUACUUUCCCAGCAAAAGCUCAAGCUUCAAAUCAAAGCUGUGGGAUCAUUCAACCUAACAUGGUCCUUAAUUGUUAAGACGGUUGCUUGGAUUGCAUCUAUCUCCGUAAUAGCCAACGAGCUGAUGCCGAAGGAUGACAAUAUCCAACAACAAUUGCGGAACUGCAGUUUUCCGAUUACUUGAAGAAAAGCCCAACCAGGCAAUGGCAACGUCUGCCAAGGCAUUUUUGUGUUAUUACUUCAGUUGUAUGUCUGGUUUGCUUGUAUGUCUACUUUAGUAAUUUAAAUUACAAUUUAAUGAAAGGUCACAGUGACCUCGAUGCAUGUCAUACAUGAUGUGAUCGCUUCCGUUUGUAUUGAAUAACAUUAAUUUUGUUAUUCAGAUCGAGCACUCGUAUUGUUUGCACUGAGCACAGCUAACGUGUUUCUAAUGAUGUCGAUGGCAAAAAGUAUUAAUUUUUUCUGCUUUCUUACGCUUUUCCAGUUCCUAGAUUUUUUUCCCAGCGGUAAUGGGAUCUGCUGGAUAUAACUUUU